GUGUACUUAGGAAUAGCCUAGAAAUAGUGAAAUAUGCUUAAACUAGUGCAAUACAUAUCCCGCCGGGCGGGCGGGAGUUUUUCGGCGCCGGCUGCCUGCAGCUGGCGCAACUCGCUAUUGAUUUCCCAGAGUUCCGAGAAAUGUAUAACGCAACGUCGCCAUUUUCUUUUCUCCACAACCAACAGCGGUACUUUCGCUUCUUCGCUCUGCUACGAACACCGACAACAGUUCCACGGGAGUCGCAAGAAUCGGGAGAUAUAUCAACCGACGCUACUGCUAUCCAGUAAUAGUAACUUUCAAUCGCAGCGGGCGUUUCGUUCUAACUCGAAACCAGCCGAGGACUCCACAGAUUCUCUCCCAAAAGCAGAGCAGCGGACGAGAAGAAAAUCGCUUUUUACCGAUCCAGACGAAAGUAAAGAGGAAAUCAAAAUUGAAGGAAUAAUGGCACCUCACGAUCGUGACUUUGGUCAAAAUUCACGUGGCGGGCGCGGAGACCGCGGUGAUGACCGUCGUGGCGGUGGCGGCGGCGGCAAUCGCUUCGGUGGCGGCGGCGGUGGGGAUUACCAUGGCGUACGCAACGGUCGUAUUGAGAAGCGUCGUGAUGACCGCGGUGGAGGCGGUAACCGUUUUGGAGGCGGCGGUGGUGGAUUCGGUGGUGAUCGUCGCGGAGGCGGCGGCAGCCAGGAUCUGCCCAUGCGUCCAGUGGACUUCUCCAACCUGGCACCCUUCAAGAAGAACUUCUACCAGGAACACCCCAAUGUGGCGGCUCGUUCGCCUUAUGAGGUGCAGCGUUAUCGCGAUGAGCACGAGAUUACCGUUCGUGGACAGGCACAGAAUCCCAUUCAGGACUUCUCUGAGGUCUAUCUGCCCGACUACGUCAUGAAGGAGAUCCGCCGUCAGGGCUACAAAGAGCCUACCCCGAUCCAGGCGCAGGGCUGGCCCAUUGCCAUGAGUGGCUCGAAUUUCGUGGGCAUUGCCAAGACGGGUUCUGGCAAAACGCUCGGCUACAUUCUACCGGCCAUCGUUCACAUCAACAACCAGCAGCCGCUGCAGCGCGGGGACGGACCCAUCGCUCUGGUGCUGGCCCCCACUAGGGAGCUGGCCCAGCAGAUCCAGCAGGUGGCCACCGAGUUCGGUUCGUCAUCGUAUGUGCGAAACACUUGCGUCUUCGGCGGCGCCCCGAAGGGCGGCCAAAUGCGGGAUCUACAGCGCGGUUGUGAAAUUGUCAUUGCCACACCCGGACGACUCAUUGAUUUCCUAUCUGCCGGCUCUACGAACCUGAAGCGUUGCACCUACUUGGUCCUGGACGAAGCGGAUCGUAUGUUGGACAUGGGUUUCGAGCCCCAGAUCAGAAAGAUUGUCUCACAGAUCCGUCCCGAUCGUCAGACGCUCAUGUGGAGCGCCACAUGGCCCAAGGAGGUCAAGCAGCUGGCCGAGGACUUUUUGGGCAACUACAUACAGAUUAACAUUGGAUCAUUGGAACUGUCUGCGAACCACAACAUCCGCCAGGUGGUGGAGGUGUGCGACGAGUUCAGCAAGGAGGAGAAACUAAAGAGCCUGCUUUCGGACAUUUAUGACACCAGCGAGAACCCCGGCAAGAUUAUCAUUUUCGUGGAGACAAAGCGGCGCGUAGACAAUCUGGUGCGCUUCAUUCGCAGCUUUGGCGUCCGCUGUGGAGCGAUCCAUGGCGAUAAGUCGCAAUCGGAGCGUGACUUUGUCCUCCGUGAAUUCCGGUCGGGCAAGUCCAACAUCCUGGUGGCCACCGAUGUGGCGGCCCGAGGACUCGAUGUGGACGGCAUCAAGUAUGUCAUCAAUUUUGACUAUCCGCAAAACAGCGAGGACUAUAUUCAUCGGAUUGGACGCACAGGUCGUUCCAACACUAAGGGCACUUCCUUCGCCUUCUUCACCAAGAACAACGCCAAGCAGGCCAAGGCGCUGGUCGAUGUGCUCAGAGAGGCUAAUCAGGAAAUCAAUCCUGCCCUGGAAAAUCUUGCCCGCAACUCGCGCUACGACGGUGGCGGCGGACGCUCCCGAUAUGGAGGUGGCGGCGGUGGCCGUUUCGGUGGCGGCGGCUUCAAGAAGGGCAGCCUGAGCAACGGACGCGGCUUUGGCGGCGGCGGCGGCGGCGGCGGUGGCGAGGGCAGACACUCGCGCUUCGACUAGAUCGAGGUCAAAAUAUGAGCAGUAAUAGAAGCUAAAGGAACAGGAGAUUUCAGUAGCUAAACUAAACCGCGCUAGGCCCUAAGUUAAUUUAAGUUAAUAGCCUAAGUUUAAGUUUUCGUACUACUUUUCACCCGAAACCGACUUCAGACUUUUCAAAGCCCCCAAAAAUGAAGGGGAACACGUUAAAAUGCAAGCUAUUUUAAACAUAACCAUUAUAUGUUUAAUUAAAUUUGUGAAUUUUUAAGUUAAUUGACGCCGCGUCGAAAGGCCAACGGCAACGCUUUCCAAUUGAAAAAAAAAACAUCAAAACAAAACCACUCUUUACUUAAACGCAAAACCAUAAUUUCAAAUAUGAUGUGAUAAUUUCUUAAUUUAAUGCAACGUAUCACUAAACUAAAAACAAAACAAAACAAAAUGAAAUGAGAACGUAGCGCGAGGAGUUAACCGAUGUGUGAGGCACGAGUGGAGGAGGAAGAUGAAAUUAAGGAUCAUUCCUGUCUGUCCGGUCUUGAUGACAAUGAACAAAGGCUGACUGACGAGCGACCUUUGUUCGAUAAAUAAAUUCAUUAUUUUUACUUUUGGAAAAUUAACUUUUUGGAAACCUUUUAUGGCUCAACACGAAAGAACGUGUAAGGAAUGUGCAAAAAAAAAACAGGAAACACAUUAA